GGCGAAUAUGAAAGAAUUGGAGGAGAUGGAGAAGAGGAAGAAGGCUGCUGAAGAAGAAGCGGCAGCAUAAGAAGAAAAAGAAAGAAUGCGUAUUGAGAGUAGAGAGGGGAGCAGUAGCACGAAGAAAGAUAUAGACGCAGAGAUGGAGAGAAAAAUAAGUGAGUGGGUUGCUAAUUUAUCGUUGGGAGAAGAGGAAGAGGCGGAGUCCUAUGUGUCUGAGGAUGAGAGGGCUGCGCUAGCCAGUGAGCUAGCAGCAAUGACAGACCCCAUGGAACGACGAGAAAGGGAGGGGGAGCAGAAGUUAGCUUGGAAGCUGAAGAUGAAGAGGGAGAAGAAGAGGAGGAGACAGGAAGUGAACAGAAUGACCGCAGACAUAGCAAAGGUGCAAGAGUGCAGGCAGGAAGUGUUGGCCCAACCUGAUGACAAGGCCAAGUGGGACAAAGUGUUGGGUUACUUGGAAGUGUUGAGCAAGGCCUGGAUGGAGGAGCGCCAGGCUAGUUGGAGCCAAGAUGUAGCAUUGAGUGCCAUGCGGUCAGGGUUUAGGGAGUUUGGGCGUGACAUCGUCACCCACAUUGGGGGCGAAGUAAAGCAUUUGAGGGAUAAUGUAGGGAAGUUCUGUGAAGGCACCAUUGAGGGUGCCAAAGCUAUAGCCGUUGUAGAGGGAGAGGCCAGACAACGUAAGGACCCAGUGAAACUUAAGUUCCCGGAUGCGUACGGGGGAAAGAAGGAAGAAAACUUUGACAACUGGGAAGCCAGUGUCAACAGUUAUAUUUAUUUACAGCACAUCCUGAUCGACGAGCAAGUCCUCGUGGCCUUCCAGGCCCUCAAGGAUGAAGCGGCUAGUUCUGCCAGGUCUCUUGCGCGCGCAGCCGGAUGUGAAAACAACCUGGUUGCCUAUUCAAAGGUCACCCCUCUUUCCCAAUUCCUCAAGCUCCUGAAGGAGCGAUUUGUUGACCCAACGAGAGGCAUUAGAGCCUCUGACAAGCUGCAAACGAUCCACUCACAACAGUGGAGGAGUGGCAGGGCAUUCAAGGGUACCAUGGACGACUUGGUAGCCAUCCCGGACCAUGGGGUCACUGAGACCCAGUGGGUCCAGUUAUUUUAUCGUGCCAUGCCAGAGGCCCUGCGUGGGCACUUCUUUGACAAGACUGAACAGGCCGGCAUCACUUAUGAUGCGCUGAGUAAAAAAGUCGUCCUAUAUGAGUCGAAGUCUACGCCAGUUACCACCUUCUCGCACAAAAACUUAGAUAAGGGAAAAAGGUGGAAGGGUCGUACCAUCUCAGGCCAAGUAAGGGCCAAGGAUCACAUGAUCCUUACGUUAGAGGAAGGUGGUAUUGACGAGGUCCCGUACAAUCAGAUUGAAUGGGGCCUAGAGGAGGAAGAUAGUAGCGUGGGACAGGGGAGGUCCUAUGCUGCUGUUGCGGCUGGAGGGAAGCUGCAAGGUAGAGGAGAAGGCCAGGGCCAAAGGGGCCAGGCCAUGGGAGGCCGUGGACCGGGUGCACAGGGGGUUGGCAGCCAAGGAAACCGCCAAGCGGCAGAGGUUGCAGGCCCGUGCCUAGAUAGCUGUCCGGAGACUGCUUGUGUUAGCGUCCCUUUAGGCACGUCCCUCACAAGCGUGGCAGAAGAGUUAAAGGAGAGGAUGCCAGCCUGGGCCAAGAUGAAGAAAGAGAGCAAAGGACAACUGAUCUUGGUAGAUGUAGAGGUGUUCAGGAGUAGAAUAGGGGCCCUUAUAGACUCAGGGGCCACCCGUAGUUAUAUCAGUCGUAGGGAGAUGAAGAAGCUGAGGCUAGGACUAAAGGUCCAGAAGUUAAUAGACCCUAUAGUCAGUGUUCUCGCAGACAACCGCACGAUGCGAGUUGAGGACUACGUAGAGGGAGUCCAGGCAUACUUUCGCCUAGAGCAGAAUGGAAARGUGGAGAAGGUCCUCCAUUCUUUGACUCUCCUCGUGCAGGAUGACCUUCCUUUUGAUGUAGUUUUAGGAAUGGAUUGGGGAGAGGCAGCAGGGGCCACACUCCAGWUGAGAGAGCAUGAGUGUAGGCUCCCUAGUCCGUCAGGCGAGGCUAAGACUGCCCGCUUGUUCCAUGUGUCUGGUGUAGACAAURCCUUGGCACAUUGYUGUCUCAGUGCUCCCRCGUUCGCRCGAUUAGUMAAAAAGRAGCAGUUAGAGGAACAGGUCUUUGUAGUUUAUGUUAGACCUGUCACUGAGGCCCAGGAAAAGGAUAGUUCCACAGAUCCAACGAUUGCCAAGCUGCUGGAAGAGUUCAAAGAUUUGACUGAGUCACCGACAGGAGUAGUGUCGCGACCCAUCCAGCACAGGAUAGAGAUAGAGCCUGGCAGUAGAACUCCUAAGGGUGCAGUUUACAGGAUGUCCCCUAGAGAGUUAAAGGAGAUUUGCAAGCAGUUAGACGAACUCCUUGAGAAAGGUUGGAUCAGGCCCAGUUCGUCUCCUUUUGGAGCACCUGUCCUGUUUGUCCCCAAAAAGGAAGGAGAGUUGAGAAUGUGUAUAGACUAUAGGGGUUUGAAUGCUAUCACAGUGAAGAAUGUUGAGCCGCUGCCCAGGAUAGACGAUCUUUUAGAUCGGGUGCAGGGUUGCAAGUAUUUCUCUAAGAUAGACUUAAAAUCCGGGUAUCAUCAGAUAGAGGUCCAUCCUGAUGACCAGUACAAGACUGCGUUCCGGACUAGAUAUGGGCACUAUGAGUUUACAGUCUUGGAGAAGCUACGAGAGGCUAACUUCAAGAUCAACGCGAAGAAGUGCGAGUGGGCCAAGACACAGCUCUUGUACUUGGGCCACGUAUUAGAUGGAGACGGCAUUAAGCCAGAGGACAGCAAGAUCGCCGCGAUUAGAGAUUGGCCGACGCCCCGCACAUUGACAGAGUUGUGGUCGUUCUUAGGCCUAGCCAACUACUAUAGAAAGUUUGUGAGGAAUUUCUCCACUAUCGCCGCUCCCCUGCGCAAAUUGCUUAAGAAAGAGGCAAUCUGGCAAUGGGACAAGGAUUGUACGUCUGCGCUCAAGAGGUUAAAGUCGUUAAUAGAGUAUCCUGUCCUCAAAGUAGCUGAUCCGUCCUUGCCAUUUGUCGUCACCACGGACGCGAGUUAGUACACCGUGUUGCAACAGGAUGACGACCAUGGCUAUAGACCCGUAGAGUUCAUGUCCGCGAGGAUGCCCUCAGAGAAGGUAGCCACCUCGACAUACUAGAGAGAACUCUACGCUCUCAGGCAGGCUCUAGACCAUUGGAAGCAUUACCUGCUUGGGAGGCACUUCAAAGUGUAUUCUGACCACGAGACCCUUAUAUGGUUAAAGACCCAGGCCAAGAUGAUACCGAAGUUGACUAGGUGGGCCGCAGAGAUAGACCAAUAUGACUUUGAGCUUAAGCCAGUGAAGGGCAAGUAUAACGUAGUUGUGGACGCUCUGAGUAGGAGAUCAGACUACUUUGGAGCCAUAGUACAUUAUCUGGAUAUAGGGAGAGACCUGCAGGAGAAAGUAAAGCAAGCGUAUGCGC